AUGAGGGCAUACUGGUACGACAAUCUGCCGGGCGACCAGCGCGAGCCGCACGACUCAGGCAACAUCGUGUCCGAGGACAAGCUCGCCUCCCUCGGCGUCCUCUACAAGCACCUUCCCACCCUCGAAGCUGUCGAUGCCCUGGCGCAUGAACGCGGCUACAAGAACCGUGACCAGGUCUGCGUCUCGCCGGAGACCAUGGGCGCCGUGUACGAGGAGAAGGUCAAGUCUUUCUUUUCCGAGCACCUGCACGAGGACGAGGAGAUCCGGUACAUCCUCGACGGCGAGGGCUAUUUCGAUGUCCGCGGUCAGCAGGACGAGUGGAUCCGUAUCGCUCUGCGCAAGGACGACAUGAUCAUUCUGCCUGCUGGUAUCUACCACCGUUUUACCACGGAUUCGAAGAAUUACGUCAAGGCUAUGCGUCUCUUCCAGGACGAGCCGAAAUGGACGCCUUUGAACCGUGACGCUGAGGUCGAUGUCAACCCCCACCGCAAGACCUAUGUCGACACGGUCUUGAAGUCGGCUACGGCUGUGAACUAA